UGACACUCGUGCAGCGGCCGAGGCGCGUUUGUGCGUAAAACGGCCACCGGGUGAAGUGCUGUGACGGAGGUGCCGCUCAGUAACGCUGCUCUCACAGCGCCGGUCACUUCUCAUGCAGACUGCGUCUGAGGAGAGCACACCGUCCCGAGCUCUCUGCGUCCUUCACGCACACACACGCUCUCUCACACACACAUACACACCGACUUCGUUCGCUGAGGACUGCCCGCCACGAAACCGAGGCGAACGUGUCGAUUGCGUUAUCUCGGGCUCUUUUGAUUUGUAGCAACAGUCACCGGGGCUCUGGUGGGGAUCGAGUAUCUGAUCGGAAACUCGGCGAAUCCGCCCGCUGCUUCGCUGUGAGGCGGCAUCGGGAAACUGGUGAGACGGCGUGCCGUGAAUAUAGAUGAGAGCAACUAUUGACACCUUCAUCACCAACAGUCUGCCGUGCGCCCGGACAAAAGCCCAAAAGGACAUCUCUGCGGCCAAGGAUUCAGCUUUACUUCGGGUUGUGAGUCGUCCACUCUGGACAAAUUCCUAUUUGCUAGCUCGGUAUCUUCACCUUAUCUGUAUUCUUUAUCACGGAGGUGAAAACUGGCUGCCAGCAAUCGGUUCUCCCCGGAGCUUACAGAAACCUAUUAUCUGCCCUAAAAAAAAAAAAAACUCGACUCAGGCGACACCCGCCUGUGACUCUGACAUGUUGUAAGUUGCUCUAUCUGAACUGGACCUAUAAUAUGGCUUCGCUGUAUCAGAGAUUCAACGGGAAGAUAAGCACGACCAAUUCUUUCCCGCACCCACCUGAGGCCAGCCACCUUCUGGGUGGGCAGGUUGCAGACGAGGAAAACGCGGCGAAGACCCCUCAGCAACUCGCCGAUGGCCGACCUCACGUCCAGUACCGCAAAAAAAGCUCGAGGGAGGACGAGGAUGACCUGGUCGGCAGCGCUCCGCCUCAGAGGAACUGGAAAGGAAUAGCCAUCGCCCUGCUGGUCAUCCUCAUCAUCUGCUCCCUGAUUGUCACCUCCGUCAUUCUGCUGACCCCUCGUGAAGACGACAGCCUCGCCCUAAAGAAGAAAGUGACAAUAGAGGAUGUUUUCGGUCCGGACCUUCACAUCCAUGACCCGGACGCCAAGUGGCUCAGUGACAACGAGCUGCUGUAUCGCACAAGGGAAGGGGAUGUAGUCAAGCUUAAUGUUGACACAAAGGAGAGAACUGUUAUUGUUCUGAACCAGUUGUUUGACAGAUCCAGAGCCGCCAGGUACGAAGUUUCCCCCGACAUGCAACAUGUGUUGUUUGCCUUUGAAGUGAAACCGAUCUACCAACACUCCUACGAGGCCAAGUACAUUAUAUACAGCCUCGUGACACAGGAGACCUGGCCUCUGAAGCCCCCUGAAGUGCAUGAAGCGGUCCUGCAGUACGCUGGAUGGGGACCUCGAGGCGCGCAGCUGAUCUUCAUAUUUGAAAACAACAUAUUCUACAGAGCAACAGUAGACAACCGAGCGAUCCGGCUGGUUUCCACUGGUAAAGAGGGGGUGGUCUUUAAUGGCCUUGCUGACUGGCUGUACGAAGAGGAGAUCCUGCAGACACACAUAGCCCACUGGUGGUCACCAGACGGGCUGCGUCUGGCGUACAUGACCAUCAAUGACACACUCGUGCCGAGUAUGGAAGUCCCCUACUUCACGGGAAUGCCGUACCCCGCCACCUUGGAGUACCGCUACCCAAAGGCCGGGGAAGAAAACCCCGCAGUGCACUUGUCGGUGGUGAGCCUCAACGGCCCCCUGCACACCGUGGUGAUGAAGAAACCUGACGACCCCCGAAUAGGGAGGGAGUAUUAUAUCACUAUGGUGAAAUGGGCCACCAGCACCAAACUGGCUGUCAACUGGCUGAACAGAGGCCAGAACAACUCCAUCUUGACUCUGUGCGAGGCUACAACUGGAGUCUGCAUUAAGAAACACGAGGAUGAGAGUGAAAGCUGGUUGCACAGACAGAACGAAGCACCACUCUUUUCCCAUGACGGAUACAAGUUCUUCUUCACCAGAGCGAUCCCUCAGGGGGGGAGAGGAAAGUUUUUCCACAUCUCCAUGUCCACCUCCAUGCCUAACUCCAGCACAGACAUACUUCAGUCCUUGACCUCUGGAGACUGGGACGUCACCAGGAUUUUGGCCCACAAUAGUGAAAGGAACCUCAUAUACUUCCUGAGCACGGAGGACGACCCCAAGCGGCGCCACUUGUACAGCGCUGACACCAUCCCCCCCUUCAACCGCUGCUGCCUCUCCUGCGAGCUCAAGUGCGGCUACGUGGACGUCUCAUUCAGCCACAACAUGCGCCACUUCUUACUCAACUGCAAAGGUCCAGAUAUACCGAGUGUGGCUAUCUAUCGCACCGAGGACAAACAGAAGGUGUUUGACGUGGAGACAAACGAAAGAGUAAACAACACGUAUUACAGCCUGCAGAUGCCCAGAGUGGAGUACGAGACCUUUACCGUCGGCGACUACACUCUGACAAUGCAGGUUCUGAAGCCUGCUGGAUUUGUAGAUACAGCCCAUUACCCAUUACUGCUGCUGGUGGACGGCACGCCCGGCGGGCAGAUGGUGUCGGAACAAUUCCGGGUGGACUGGGCCACGGUUCUGGUAAGCACCUUCAGCACCAUCGUCAUCCGCUUUGACGGCCAUGGCAGUGGCUUCCAGGGCACCAACCUUCUGCACGAAGUGAGGAGGAAUCUGGGGAAACUAGAGGAGAGGGACCAGCUGGAGGCCCUCAGGUUCAUAUCUAAAGAACCUUAUAUUGACACGAGCCGAAUGGGAGUUUAUGGAAAGGCCUAUGGAGGAUAUUUAGCAACAAUGCUUCUGAGCUCUGAGGAGAAGGAGGUUAACCAACUUAAAUGUGGAACAGCGGUGUCCCCCAUCACAGAUUUUGAGCUAUAUGCAUCUGCAUUUUCAGAGCGGUACCUCGGCUCAAAGACGGAUUCACGAGUAUACACGAUGGCAAAUUUAGCAAACAGAGCUGGUCAGCUUCUGCAGAAGCAGUACUUGAUAAUUCACCCGACUGCCGACGAAAAGGUCCACUUCCAGCACACAGCCAAAUUUAUCAAUCAUUUGAUCAGCGAGAAGGCAAAUUACACUCUGCAGAUAUACCCAGAUGAGGGACACUUCCUGCACAGCGACGGGACCCAGCAGCACCUGAGCCAAUCCCUGGUCAACUUCUUCGAGGUGUGCUUCCGGGUCCCGGAGACACUGACGGGAGACCAGCAGGAAGUAGACGAGGACAACAGUUAGACCCGCACCCCCCCCCCCCCCCCCCCCCCCCCGGGUACCUGGUGCAGCACAAUAUGCAACAGAUUUUUCUUACCUGAUGAGCCCAUACCACGUGCUAUCCAAUCCAAUUAGAGCUGACCUUUGAAGCGCCGCACCUGCAUGUGCCCAAGGGACCCCUGGCAGACGGCUCGGGGCGGCUGCGAACAGGCAAGUGUCCCUCUGCUGUCGGGACUAUAUGAAGUCGAACUCCCUCUAGUGGACAAAUAGACGUCAUAAUGGCCAGUGAUCGAUGCUUCUCCAAACCAGGCACAGCAACUAUGGCGCACAAAAAAAAGCACUCGAGGGGGGAGGAAAGUCGGUGCAUUCUUUAGAGAUUUAACUUGUGAAAGGCCACUACAAUUUACUGAUUAUUCUGUUUAUGAACAUGAUUACUGCUACUUUCUCAGAAUCUCUCUGUUCAGUGUUGUGUCUUUGAGUGAAUGUCUGGCUGCAUCAGUCCGUCGCUGCUUUACAAAACAAGGGCACAAUGUUUAACUUGUGUUGUACUGCAAAACGCCGCUAUCCAGAAAUGUUACUAUCGCUCGUCAAAUUAAAUUCUUGUUCUUUAGUCACUGUGCCUUACUGUUGGUGAAAUGUUCACGUCGGGGUCCGACGCGUCAUUGGAAAUGACUUUAUAUGGAUAGGCCUGGUCUAAACUGUGGACUCAACCAGAGGAUGGUAAAUUUCCCUUAAAUGAUAGUCAGUUGUUUGAGAGACAUCCCAAGUUAUGGCACAUUUUAUCUCAAAACUUUAAAAAAUAACUAUGUCAAAUUAAAAUAUGUUUAUUCCUGACAAAAAGUAUUUAGUUUGCAAAUCAUGCUUUGAUAUCUAACUACAUGAUAGUUUGAUAUCCAACUUCCAACGUGACUGAUGAGUGAGCAAUGCAGAAUUUACAUUUUGUCAAUUGCUUUGAUUUGUGUGUAAAAUGGAUCGAUUGUUUCCAGACGUCCCGUUAUUGUCAGUGGUUUGUAGUCAGCGGAUGUACAAAGUGUAUAAAUCUUAUAUUGUUCAAGUCUUCAUGUUGUGUGUGCAACUUGUAUAUAAAGCAUUUUGAAAUGGA